CGAAAUUCGAACGAGCUGAAAGCACUCCUCGAUCGGCUCACUCCCCUCGCACGUGCCUCCCGACCAACCACCGUGGUCCCCUCGCUCGCGGGGACUCUCCGGGCUCCCACCACCUCCGCUUCCUCCGCCGCCGCGGGCGCCGGCGACGAUGCCGCGCAAGGCCUCCUCCAACUCAGAUGCGCGGGCCAAGUGGCGGAAGCGGAAGCGCGCCGCCGCCAGCCCUUCCCCGUCCAAGCAGCAGGCCGACCACUCCGACGAUUCCGACUCCGCCGCGGCCGCGAACGGCGACGAGGACGCGACCCGCGGCGCCUUCGCCAACGGGGGCGGAGGAACCCUAGCUGCCGGCGGCGGCGGCGAUGACGACCCCGUGCUCGACCUCCGCGGGGCGGAGGUGCUUUCCUCUCCUGCCGAGCCGGUCUCCGUUUUCCCCGCCGCCGUCCGCCGCGCCGUCGGCCGGCCUCACCCCUCGGUGCUUGCUGUCAUCGACGCGGAGCGCGCGGCGGCUGGUGCCGACGGUGCUCCGGCUGCCGUAGCCACGGUACCCGUUCUCGAGAACAUUUCGCACGGUCAGCUCCAGGUGAUCUCGGCGAUGCUGCCCGACCAUCCGUCCCUGUCCUACGACCCUGACAAGCCGUCCACGUAUGUCUGCACCCCGCCUCCACUCAUGGAGGGAUGUGGAGUGCACAAGCAGUUCUACGGCAAACUUCACAUCGUGCCCAGGCACUCAGAUUGGUUCGUGCCAACGACGGUGCACAGGUUGGAGAGGCAGGUUGUGCCACAAUACUUCUCUGGAAAAUCCCAGGGGCAAACACCGGAGAAGUACAUGAUGUUGAGGAAUAGGGUGAUUGCGAAGUAUUUGGAGCGACCUGGGAAAAGACUCGUGUUUGCCGAGUGCCAGGGACUUGUCACAAGCACACCUGAAUUGUAUGAUCUGAGUAGGAUAGUUAGGUUCUUGGAAUCUUGGGGGAUCAUUAAUUACCUUGCAACAGGGUCUGUGCACCGUGGCCUCAGGAUGGCAGCAUCACUAAUCAAGGAGGAGACAACAGGGGAGCUGCAUCUGGUAUCUGCACCUAUGAAAUCGAUUGAUGGUUUGAUUCUGUUUGAUCGGCCAAAAUGCAGUAUCCGGGCAGAUGAUAUAGCUUCUGCGGUGUCAACUUCAUCUGCUCCAGUGGUGGCAAAUGGUGAUGCUAAUUCUGUGAAUUUGGACGAUAAGAUAUGGGAGCGCUUAUCAGAGACUUCUUGUAGUUUCUGCUCACAACCUUUGCCCAGCUUACACUACGAGUCACAAAAGGAGGCAGACAUUGCUCUUUGUUCGGAUUGCUUCCACAAUUCAAGAUUUGUUACUGGGCAUUCAAGUUUAGAUUUUCAGAGAGUGGAUGGGAUGAAGGAUCGAUCAGACACUGACGGGGACAGAUGGACUGAUCAGGAAACUUUACUGUUGUUAGAAGGCAUAGAGAAGUACAAUGAUAACUGGAAUCAUAUUGCGGGGCAUGUUGGAACAAAGUCAAAAGCACAAUGUAUUCAACAUUUUAUUUGUCUCCCAGUGGAAGAUGGUUUGUUAGAGAACAUUGAAGUGCCAGAAGCAUCCCUUCCAUCCAGGAUGCAAAGCAAUGGAUUUUUGAAUUCAGAUUCCAAUGGCAGUACUUCAGGUUGUUUACCUCAAAGUAGCCAACCUGGAAACCAAAUUCCAUUCAUUAAUUCUGCUAAUCCAGUCAUGUCACUGGUUGCAUUUUUGGCCUCUGAAGUAGGACCAAGGGUUGCAGCAGCCUGUGCAAGUGCAGCGUUAUCGGUUUUGACAAGAGAUGAUUCCAGGAUGUGUUCAGAAGGCAUCGAUGGUGUGGGUCAUGCUGCUCAUCUAAAUUAUGGACCCUCAUCAUCCAUCUCUCCUGAAACUGUCAAACAUGCUGCCAUGUGUGGCUUGUCAGCAGCGGCAACAAAGUCCAAACUUUUUGCAGAUCAGGAGGAGCGCGAAAUUCAGAGAUUAGCUGCUACCAUCAUAAAUCAUCAGCUAAAGAGACUGGAGUUGAAGCUGAAGCAGUUUGCGGAGGUUGAGACCAUGCUCUUGAAGGAAAGUGAACGGUUUGAGCUGACGAGGCAGCAGCUGGCAGCUCAGCGCGUCCGAAUAUUAUCAACCCGGUUACCUUCCUCAGGUGGCACUCUACCCGGAGGUGGCAGCACCAUGGUUUCAAACCCAAUGAAUCAGGCUGCUGGUCUUAGACCGCCGAUGAUGCAGGGCUCAAUGCCGCAGUCCAGCAUGCCAGCGAUGUACGCCAACCACAUGCAGGGGCAUCCCCAGAUGGCUGCUCUGCUGCAGCAGCGUCAACAGAUGCUCUCGUUCGGGCCUCGCCUGCCGCUCUCAGCAAUCCACCCUGGCACAUCAUCCUCGUCGGCACCCAGUAUGAUGUUCAACCCUGGUAUGCCCAACUCGUCGGCUCCUAAUCACCACCCGCUGUUGAGACCACCUUCAGGGAACAAUUCAAAUGUAGGUUAAUGCGAUAAGAUUUUUUUCCCUUCUUCCUAGAUUCCCGGGAUGUAGCUCGCUCCUGAUUCGUGAUUGUUGACCAUUGCAAUUGAAUUGCGCAAUCACACAUAGAGGUAGUUGUUACCGGCAAUAGGUUUUCCAUUCUCUCUGUAGAUCGUGGACCGUGUGUGUAUGUGUGUGAUCUGAUAAGACUGAUGUCGCUAGUGGCUAGGCGAUGCAUAGAGAAUGUAGAGGUUCGUCUGAUUAAUUGUUGUUACUGCUAAUUACUGUCAGCAAGGUGCGAAAUUUGAAUCCUCAUGUCAUGUAUUUUGAUUCA